AGGUGGUGGAUGCAGUGUCCAGUUUGGUCGGUGGCAGUGGCAACUUUUAUCUCCAAAUUGUGUUUUCAGGUGGCAUGGAAGACGCAACAGGAAAGAAGAGAUGGUGUGUUGUGUUGGAUUGUUGCACACUGAAGCCACCUUAAGUUGUGUCACCACUGCACUUGCCUGGUUCCUCACGAGAUUCAGUGUUCAUUGGUUCAGGAAAAGAAAUCUAAGUUAUAUAUUAAGGGGAAAAAAAGAUGGAUUCACAAGACUGUGUCCCAACAAAUUCAAAGCAAGAUAUCAGCCAUCAUAUAAAGGGUAGCUCUGGUAAACAUUAUCUUUGUGGCUAUUGUGCAGCCUUCACCAAUAUAGCAGUCACCUUUCCCAUCCAGAAGGUCCUCUUUCGACAACAGUUGUAUGGCUUGAAAACAAAGGAUGCGGUGCAUCAGCUGCAGAAAGAUGGAAUUCGAAAUCUCUAUCGUGGAAUCCUUCCUCCAUUAAUGCAAAAAACGACCACCCUGGCUCUGAUGUUUGGCUUGUAUGAAGAUUUCUCCUCCUUGCUCCAUAGUCACACAAGUGCACCUGAACUUCUAACUCGCAGCAUGGCUGCAGUGCUUGCAGGGACCACAGAAGCCCUUCUUACACCUUUUGAACGAGUCCAGACUUUGCUUCAGGACUACAAACAUCAUGACAAAUUUACAAACACUUACCAGGCUUUCAAGGUACUAAAAGUCUAUGGGAUUAGAGAAUAUUAUCGGGGUUUGGUGCCUAUUCUGCUCCGGAAUGGAAGCAGUAACAUCCUCUUCUUUGGCCUACGAGGACCUAUCAAACAAUGUCUGCCUGAAGCAACUUCUUAUAGCACUCACUUGGUCAAUGACUUUAUCUGUGGAGGGCUGUUGGGUGCUAUGCUGGGAUCCUUAUUUUUCCCAAUGAAUGUUGUAAAAGCUCGCAUGCAGUCUCAAAUUGGUGGUGAAUUUCAGUCUUUUUCAAAAGUUUUUGUGACAAUCUGGCUAGAACGUGAUAAAAAAUUGAUGCAUCUUUUCAGAGGAGCCCAUCUGAAUUACCAUCGUUCUGUCCUGUCCUGGGGCAUAAUCAAUGCAACAUAUGAAUUCUUGCUAAAGCUGUUAUGAAAAAUGUUACCUUCCUUUGAAGCCCCUCUAUUCACUUGGGUAUUUAUACAUUUGAAGUCACUUAGUCUCUGGGAAUAGAUUAAUUUAUGGAACUUUUUGUGAAUAACAUGGAGUACCAUGAAACUUGGAGAGAAUUCAAAGCAGCAGUUACAUUUCAGUAGGGAGAUGGGUGAUAUUGUUAGUGGCUGCUUAGUGUGAAAGGUAAUUAGUUUUAUUAACGGCCUUCAAUAUUUAUGGGGUAAAUGGCAAUACAUCUAAAUCUUGAUGCAAUUGAAUAUACUUCUAAACAAGUUAAAGUGUUUAUAUGCUGGUGGAUAAAUUUACCCACAGUGGAAUAACUAGACAAAUGCAAAAUAAAAAUAUAUUUGUAUAUUGGUCUAGUAGCUUAUUCUAUCAUUUCCAAUGUUUCCUAAUAGUCCUAGUGAUCAAAUUUUUCACUGUGCACAUUGUAUAAUAUGGAAGUCAAGAAGGGGCCAAUGAAAGCUACUUCUCUUGCUUGAUACACUACAGAGGGUUAAGAACUAAACUUCCAAAUAUAUUGGGGUUCUAAAUUAUCUUUGGAGUUUAAAUAGAAGCUGCCAAAGCUGCUGAUUUCUGAUGAGGAUGACUUUCUUUCUGAACCUCAAGUUUAAACUGAGCCUACACAAACUAUUUUGCCAACCAUUUUACUGCUCAGCUUUAACAUGAACAUCAUCUCAUUCAUCAACAUAAGGAUAGCUACUGAAUAUAUAACUUCAGUGUAAACUGACCCAGUGCAAAGUGGGACUGUGCCUAUGUAUGUGGUGUGCCUUGAAAUGGAAAGGUGGAAGGAAUGAAACAGCAAUUUUAUCUCAAGCUUUAAAAGUGUUCUUCUUUGUUGAAAGACCUUCUAUUUGCAAAUUUGGUAUACUCAAGUUUUCUGCUUUUGUAUUGCUUUGUUUCUGUUGCAAACAUAUGAAAACUGAUCUCUCUCUGUAAUGCUCAAACAGUAAUACAGCUUCCUCUGGUUGUCAAACUACGUGAUUAACAGGUUUUUUAAUCUUUUGCAAACUAUUUCUGUUUAAUUUGGGCUGUGGCAGAAUUUUACAUCAGCACUGACAAAGUGAGAUUUCUGGGUAUAAGCAUUUAAGACCUUAAAGGGAAAGCAAGCAUAACUACCAAACAGGUGACUGUCUUAUUUUUUUUUCUUUUUUUUUGGGGGGGGUUGGGUGUUAUGUAUGAAAGUUCAUGAAGUAUUCUUUGUUUUGGGGGGUGGGGGCAGGAAAGCUUUCAGAAACUAUUUUGAAUUGUUCUUUUCCUAGGCUUUAGGCCCUGUAAAACUAUCAGUGAUAAUACAGUAAAGCAAUAAAAGGAGUUGUGUGGUUAAUAACUUACACUUCAAGCAUUUGUAAUUUGGUUAACAGAUAACAAUAUGCAGUAAAGACAGGGGUGUGGUCAGCUGCUACACAUGAAGGUUACUUGCAUGUUUUAUCCACCAACAAAGGUGUAAAAGUAUAUUAGCAAACAUAUAAACAUGAUCCCAAGUGAAUCCUCAAGUGAGGAAGAAAAAACCAAAGAAACCAUCAACAUGAACAUCGUAUUCCUCCUGGCCAUGGACUCCAGAUGCUAAAAACUCACCAUAAGCAUUCCCCCCCCACACCAGAAUGAAACCACUGACCUUAUGACCCAGAAGAGCAGUGAAAGAGUGAGCAUAACACCAGGAAAAGGGAUAGAAACUAGGAGGUGUGUGUGUUACAGUUUUAACUACAUCAUUAUUCUUUCUUUUCCUGUAACAAUUCGAUCCGGACUAAUAAUGAUUAGACUCUCAAGAUUUGAAUUACAUUAACAAGAAAUUUUUGGUUUUACUUAUGUAUAUAAGGUGUACUUUCUCUUUGCCCAUAAACAAAAUUUUGAGUGUCACAGUUCCAGCAGCUUUGGAGCCUGCCAAGGCACAAGUUAGUUCACAAAGGAGAGCACUCAACCAUACAAGAAGCCUCACAAAAGAAAGAUUCCUACGUUACAUAAUUAAAACAGUUGUGCUUUUUCUUAGUUUUAGAAAGUUUUCUUACCUCAAGAAGCAACAGCCCACUAAAUACAGAGGAUAAUCCAGAAGUUUGUCCUUGCCUCAGACACAGCUAUUGUCCUCUGCUUUGUCAUAGCUAGUUUUCAUUUCCAAUUUUAAGCCUUUCCAUUUGGGCUGAUAUCUCCCUGUUCACAAAUGGCUUUAGCAGAAUUUUAUGAGGAAAGCAGAGCUUUUCAUCUGCUUUCAAAGGCUUGAUGUUUGAGCAAAGAGAGACUUUCUAUUCCAUAACUGGUAGAUUUUUUUUGAGUCAACUGAAUAAUUAAUUGCACGCUUAACUAGUUUGUAAUUAUUGUACUAGCCUCAGCAUGCUACCUGCUUCUAGGCUCUCUAGUCAACUCUUCCUGCUCCAAAGUAUGCGUGAUAGCAACAGGCAGACUGAAGGAGGAAAACAGCCAUUUUAUAUGCAAACAAAACAAUAUGUGUAAACACUGGGUAUAAGUACUUAAGGCCUUAAAGGGAAAGCAAGUAUUCUAAUGGUAGGGAGUGGGCAGGAAUCAGUGAGCAUUUCUAUAAGAGCUCAGUUUAAGACAAAUACAUUAAAAGAGAAAAAAAAAAAUCUUUUCUAAAAAUGCAGAGUUACUUUAUUAAAUGCUUAAUUUAUCAUGCAAAACAAGAGAAACCGUCCACAGUCAGUAUCAGCCCUCUUUUGAAUAUACUCAAUAUUUUAUAUUAGAUGUCUAUACUUUUUAUUUUAGAAUCAUAGAAUAGCCCAUGUUGGAAGGGACCUCAAAAGAUCAUGUGGUCCAACCUUUCAUAGGAAAGGGAGCCUAGAUAAGAUAUUCUAGCAAAAUGAAACCUCAAAUAUUUAAAAAAUAUUCUACAUGCACCAUAUUUUCCCUCAUAAUAAAAAAUGUUACACUGAGUUGGAAAGACUUGUUUACUGCUGUAGAGAAUGUGAUGUUAAGAGUGGCCAACUCCUCCAGCAGCUCUGGCCCAGGACUGCCUCUGGCCCAGCUGCUGGAGCCCAGCCCGAUGUGCCCAGGGACCCAGGGUCUCUGCCCAGGCUGAGGGAUGCAGCUGCAACUUUCCUGUCUGCAGUUUCAAUCAGUAGCAAAGCUGAAGCACGUAUCCCAGAAACACACACAGAGAGGACAUACACAGGACACUGACAUGGCCAGUUACACAAACUGCCACAGACAAGGCACUGCCUUCAACAGCACUGUCCUGGUUUCAGCUGGGAUAGAGCUAAUUAUCUUCCUAGUAGCUGGUACAGUGCUAUGUUUUUGAGUUUGG